AUGAAUCGGACAUCCUCCGCUUAUAUAAUCGAACUGCCCGCCACUGCACCUGCACCUGAUACUCUGGAUAGUCGAUCAUCGAUCUUCAAGCUCUACAGCUACACCUCCAUCAACAAAUCUCCAAGAUAUCCACAGCCUCAGGCCUCCCACAAAAUGUCCAAAACAAACGCCACAGGCCCCCCCUCCUCAGACACUGCAUUCCGCAAAACCUGGGAUCGCGAAGAAUACACCAAAAAAGCCGCCGACGAAGAAGCCAAACGCAAAGCCGAAGGCAAAGCGCGCUACGAAGCCAAACUCCUCGGCAAGAAAUACCACGCGCCCGUCGACUAUGGCUCCCUCUCUGCAACCACCGCCCGCCAAGAGCGCCUCAAGGUCGACUCGAUGGUGGGCAAGACGACAAUCGUGCCCGCGGGUUCAGCACUAGGCAAGCGUGGCCGCGGCGCAGGAUUCUACUGUGACGACUGCGACCUCACGUUCAAGGACAAUAUUCAACUGGUGGAGCAUUUCAAUAGUAAGCAACAUUUGAUUGCGACGGGGCAGAGUGGAGAGGUUGCGCGGGCUAGUGUGGAAGAUGUGCGGAUGCGGUUGAGGAUGUUGGCUCAUCGGAAGCGGGUGAGGGAGGAGGAGGAGCGGAGGGCGUGGCAGCUUGAUCUUGGGGAGAGAUUGAGGGAGCGCGAGGAGAUUGAGGCGAAGGAGCGGGAGGAGAGGAGGCGCAAGCGGAAUGAGAAGCGUCGGAAGGGUGGGGAUGGGGUUAAGCAGGAGGAUAGCUGGGAGGGACGGUUGGGAAUUAUUGCCUGA